GGUCACAUGAGCUCGAAUCUUCCGGAAAGCGAUUUCUCGACGCCUCUUCGAUGAGGAGGCUAGGGAUGAAAUGCAUCCUGAAUUACUACAAACGCGUGCACUCAUUUGUCUCUCGUCGAAGUGUCGGUCCUUUAUCUCGUGCUUGUCCUUGAGUGUGCAACAUUUUCCCGAAAGUAGUUAAUAAUGUCUUUACAGAAAAAUGAGUUGCUGUAAUGUGGACCCAUUUAAAGUCUCGUCAUCUGAAAGACGAGGAUUGCAGUAAUUAGCGCAAUUAUAGGUUUGCGUUCUGGUUAAUAAAAGUGCAGCUGAGAAUGUUCUUGUUGAUGUUCAGAGGCUAGGAAGUGAAGCAAUUGGUCGCAGGUCUCGUGCUAACACACAGCAUUUAUCGCGACGAUGCGUCGGUUUCGUCGGAAGAUUGUGUUCUUAUAGGAAGCCGGGAAGUGAUUCUCCCAUUUUCUCGGACGCGAUAUCAAGUGGAAGUAAUUCUCUGGUUCCGCGGCGGUAUGCAAUGUCAUCGGUGCACCCAAGCGUUGGAGCUCGAUAAUCUCUGAUUGUUGUCGUCGUCACUUAAAGUGGAUAAUUGUGACGGGUCGCAGUGGAUGCAAGUGUGGCGGCUGCUUGGGCUAUUUCCGCCUAUUGUUUUCGCCCAACGGCCUUGACGCUGUGCAAACGAGCAGACUAACAUAUUCAGUCCAUUGUGCGGAAAAUCGAGUUCAAUUGGGUGAAGUGCGACUGCCCUGGUUUCACGGUGAAUCAGAUUCAGUCAAAGAAGAUUGCCACCCUCACUUCCUAUCUCCUCUUGACAGUCUCGAUGUUUUUAUUAUGAUUUAUUCUCCUUGUUACAUUCCCGACUUUCUGAUUUCUCAUCUGAAAAGGGUUCCGGUGACAAGUUCCGGGCAAAAAUCUUCUGUGCAUGAUAAAGUUGAUGAAAUUUAACAAAAUGGUAAUCAGCGUGCGUAAAUCCUAACUUCUAAGGAAACCCGGGAAGUAGUUAAUUGAUUAGAAAUUAUGAAUUAAACGUCAGAGGUGAAAUGUAGAACGUAGUCAAACGUGCUAGAAUGAAGUUUUAGUGUGGUCUAACGAAUGAAAUAAUUAAAUAGCUAAGAUGACAGAGAAUAUGCUUUACGAGUUUGUGGUUCUGUUGCUGCUAUCUGUUGGAUUUUACCACUCAGCUAUUACAGCGUCCGUGACCAGGAAUAUCGAGGAGGAAAAUGGUCCCUUCAUGAUAUCGGAAGCAGUUCAAGGAACAGUCGGGAGGCUGCCGUGCAAUGUCACGCCACCGGUGCCCGAGGAUAAAGUAGCUUUAGUCAUUUGGUACAAAGAAGGACACUCGAAACCUAUUUACAGUGUCGACACACGAAAUUCAAAUUUCGCUAAGGGAACCCAUUGGGUGGAGGAGAAUUUUGGCGGACGGGCGAGUUUUCAGGCAGGAGGAUCGCCUGAAACUCCAGCCGUCCUGACAAUCAAAUCAACGAAAAGUGCUGAUAGUGGUGUGUACCGAUGUCGCGUCGAUUUUCAGAAAAGCCCGACCAGGAAUUCCAAGGUUCAACUCAAAGUCAUAAUUCCACCGGAAAAAUUGGUUAUAUUAGACGAUACAGGAAACCACAUACCCCACUACAUCCUGGGUCCGUAUAAUGAAGGAACAUCCAUAAAUAUCACGUGCGUCUCCACCGGUGGUCGACCGUUACCGAAUGUGACGUGGUGGUACGAGAACACGUUGCUUGACAACUCCUCAACAGUUCUGUCGGAGAGACGCGUUAGCAACGUUUUACAUUUGAAAAAGUUGGAGAGAAAGCACUUGAACCGAGUCCUCACGUGCCAGGCAUCCAACAAUAAUUUAACAGCCCCUAUUACCAGCGCAGUGACGUUAGAUUUAAAUUUGCGUCCACUGAUGGUUAAGCUUCAAGGAGAGAAGCGGCCACUGUCGGCUGAUAGUUCCUACAAAUUAAACUGUGUAGUGAUAGGCUCAAGGCCAGCGCCAACUAUAACGUGGUGGAAGGGUAGUACCCCGAUGCGGAACACACGUGAUGAGACAACGGCUGAUGGCAAUAUUACAACGUCAACAUUAACCUUCACUCCAACUAUUGACGACCGGGGGAAGUUUCUAUCGUGCCGUGCGGAGCAAACUCUUAUCCCGGAAUCUGGCAUGGAGGACGGCUGGAAGCUCGAUAUCUAUCAUAUUCCGGUUGUGUCUCUUGAAUUUGGUACGAAUUUAAAUACAACCACAAUCCGCGAGGGAGCCGACGUUUUUUUCGAAUGUAACAUAAAAUCCAACCCAUGGGUCUAUCGAGUCAGUUGGAGGCAUAACGGCAAUAUAUUGGACAAUAAUCUUGCAGAAGGAAUUGUCGUGGCGAACCAGAGUCUCGUCCUCCAGAACGUCAGCCGAGCACGGAGCGGCCUCUACACGUGUGUGGGCAGCAACAGGGAAGGUGACGGGGAGAGUAAUCCUGUACAAUUGGACAUACGAUUUGCCCCAAUAUGUCGUCCAGGUCAGAAGACAAUCUACAGUUCAGGACGUCAGGAGACGGUCCGAGUAAUUUGUGAAGUGGAAGCGAAUCCCACGGAUGUAUCAUUUGUUUGGAAAUUCAAUGCGUCAGCAGUGGAGUUUGUAGACAUUCCGGCCUCUCUAAUAGCAACGGAUCGUGCGCGCAGUGUCACACAUUAUACGCCUAUGACAGAGCAUGAUUAUGGGACGCUACUAUGCUGGGCCACAAAUGAAAUCGGCUCUCAAAGUGAGCCUUGUAUAUACACCAUCAUUCCUGCAGGUGAACCUGAUCCUCUAACGAACUGCACUGUUUUGAAUCAGACAUCGCACAGCUUUCAGGUGGAAUGUAUAGAAGGAUUCGAUGGAGGGCUGGAUCAGGAUUUUGUUAUGGAAGUUUAUGUUAAUGGCACCACCCGCAAUCCGAAAAUAUAUAAAUCGAAAUCGCCAUAUUUUGAAGUUCACGGAUUGAUACCAGGCAUGGGCUACAACGUGUUUCUGGUUGCACAGAACCGAAAAGGUCGAAGCAACUCCACCGUCCUCCAAGUGUACACAUUGAAAGACCCCGAAAAACAAACAGAUUUAUCGUUAGCAUAUGCUCCCGUCAUUGAAGACAUCAGACCAUUUCUCGGUAUUUUACUCGGAAUUGUCGGCAGCAUAUUCCUCGUAGCCUUGAUAAUUGUUAUCAUCGUUCGGAUGCGAGGCUCAUCAGGCAGAGAUCGUCAUAACUAUUCCCAUCAAGUCAGUCGCGACACGUUGCACAAUGGCCAGUCAAUUCAGGAUAUUAGAACGGGACGAGAGACUUGCCAGACUAGCAGCGCCGAUAGCAUCGACAAAAACCCGGAUAUUAUUCCGCAGGAUAUGCCGGAUGCAGAUGAUCACGACGACGACGAUGAAUGGACGACGACAAAGACCGGAAACAGUCAUAGUAGACCGUAUGCAACGGCUGCAUUGGCAGAACAAAAUGCAGUAAUUACAUCAUCGACGUACGAUCGAAUACCGUACGGGGUAAUGGACAAAAUGCCAGGUGUCCAGAGCCAAUCAAAUCUCUUACAUCAGCAGCAACAACCGCAGCAUCAACAUCAUCACCAUGCAGCACCCCAAUAUAUCACCACGUACAAUACACUAAUACCAGUUAGCAAAAUGGGUUACACGACACAACCGAACAAGACUGAUCUCACCUACGCUGAAUUAGCUGUCGCUACCCAACCUGCGCCUGUGCAAAGGAUACCCUAUUCCAGUGCAACUUUAGGACGUCCAAGACAAUCGGAAGCAAAGCGUUUGGAACCAACUAUCUACGCGCAGAUUGACCUCGCGCACCAUCCUAUGUAUUCUACAAGCUCCAUGUACGGUACAAAUGCUAAUACCGGUGUUACCAUGUCACAUCUAUCACAGUUAGCAACGUUCCCGCCGCCGCCGCCCAUAUUUGCGCAUAAUCCCAUCGUAAAUCCAACAGUGACUAAAAUUGCAACAACAAGCAAUGCACCACCAUCCGCAUCCUUGUCGGCAUCCUCGGCGAUGGGAAUUGGUAAUGUUCCGGCACCCAUGCCUGGUACUGUAGGCGGCGGUGCUAGUCUUGUAGUAGGAGGACAUGUUACUGCCCCAGUUCCGGUUUGUUUCCCAGAAACGAGCGUGACAUCCUGCGGUAGCGUGCUCAAAACAGUUCCGGAAGAAGGGCAUACGAAUUCAAUUAACGAUGAAGUAGCAAUUCCUAAAGAUAGAAAUGUAAAUCACGCCACAAGGUUCUGACAUUAGCCGAAAAAUACUAAGCGUGUUUAGUAUAUAUUUAUGAAGCAUAACAUAACCUAGGAUACAUUCAAUGUAACGUCUUAAGUGACAAAAACGAGUAAUUAUGCCAAAAUUAAUUGCAAAAGGAGACAUUUCGAUAAUAAUUAAGCGAGUGAACAGGUACUAAAGGAAAUUAUUCAAUCAAAAUUUGGAAAAAGAAAAACAAAAUUCGAAAUCAAAGGACAGAUAUUUUUAGAUUUUUUUUGAUUCUGAAAUGUAUGCAAUCGUAAUAAAUCCCUUUUGUGUUGACGGCCAAAGAAUUCGGUCUUUUGGCAAUUACGAUACCGAACCGAAACUUGUACGUAAGAGUAUAAAUAAUGAUUCCUGCCAAUCUGAAAGGAUUUCGCUCUCCUGGAAUUCUCUGAAUUCCUCCAGUGAGAAGUUAUUAUGGUUGUUUUCCUAGCGUCAAACACCAGAUGUACGUUGAAUUCAACACUAAGUUAGCAAAUUAUAUUUUCAAAUAAGAAACUGCGGAGACAAAUGUGUAAAUAAAUUAUUUUUAUUGAAAUCAAAAGAAGCUUUAGGAGAAAACGAACUAUGUGAGUAAAUUAUAUAAAAACCGAACAUUAUGUGUUACUACCUUAGAAAGUGAAACUUUGUUAAUUACGCAGAGGAUUGUUAGUGCUGACGGACAAGAUUUUAUACUAUUUCAAUUAGCAAAUACACAAAUUUGAAAUAAAAUGGAAAGUGGCAAAAAGAACGGGCCCGAAUGUGGAUUAAAUAAAAACUAGGCGCAACGCCGCAUCUAAAAGAUAAACUGAAUAAGAUUAAGUUUUUACUGAAGUCAAAGAAACAUUUAUUCAAAAGAUAUGCUGGACGACUGAUCUUAAUUGGAGGCGUCAGCGAACGUUCUACUAAAUAUUCUGGUGAAAAUGAAUAGCAGUAAAUAAGAAAAGACGAAUUUACAGAUUUAGGUUCUUUUGCGUCUUUUAUAAUGAACGAAACGACGAUAAUAAAGCUGAAAAAUCUAAGAAUAAAUCUAAACUUCGCCAUAUUGUUUCUAUUUGAGAGUAAGAUAGACUAGGAUAAAUUGCAUAUUUACGAACGGAUAAAUGAUAAAAUUAAAAAAAUUGUAAAGUUGUUUAAUUGAAAUUUAUAUAUACGUACAUCUAUUGUAAAAUUUAUUGAAAUUAAAAUUAAUAACUGUACAUAGUCAGUGUAAAAUUUCCAAGUUUAAAAAAAAUGAUGAAAAAUUUAAA